UUUCAAGUUAUUCAUACUUCUCCAUUGUUCUAUCAUUUUCUUCGCCAUCUUCUCUUCUGCAGUCCUGCUCCUCUCUCUUCCAAAGUUCCUUCCUUAUUUUUCAUUUUUAUCGUACCAUCUCUGCUGUUUACCUCUCAGUAAUUCAAAUUUUACUGCUGUGUACCCUUUUCCCAAUUUCAUUUCCUCUCGCAUUUAAUGACUGCAUGUCUGUUCUUAUUUCUUAAGCUUCGUCUGCUUUCGAGAUUCCCCACCCAAUCAGGGGUCUGUUCUUUAUUGAGCUCUGUAACUCCACCAUCAAGCGCCAAUGCUCCAACGUUUCUGGCCUAAAACUGAAAUCCCUAACCUUUCCUUAGCACCACUUGUGAUUUGAGUUUUCUAUCCUUUUCUUGAGCUCUCCUGGUAAAAGCUAAAUCCGUGGGAGGGAUAGAAAGGGGGGAAAAAAAAAAGAACACUCAGCUAACAGGCUGUUGCUUCCCCUGUUGUGUCUAACUAGACAUGCUUCUCUAGAUGAGCUCUUUGGUGUCUCUUCACUUGGCAAUUGGCAUAAGUUUAUCCUUUUCUUUCCCAACUGGAUUUCAAAUGCACCUUCUGUAUUUGGGUUCCCCUACUUUUUUUCUCAGCAACCAUUAAGCACUUUUCUUUACCUUUCCUUACCCAAUUCUUGUUUUGUUUUGCUGGUUCUGUUUCCAUCUUAACUUGGUUGGUAUCACUUUUUUGCCUCGCACCCAUUUGAGCAAUCCCCUUUUAGCACCAAACCCAGUUUUCUGAUUUUGGCAACUCAGCUGGGAUUUCUGUCUGUGUUUCUUUCUGUCUUUUGGAAGGAUGGGUUUGGUGUCUUUGUUUCUUGGGUUAGUUUCACUGUUCUCAUUGUUAACUGUGGGAAGUGGCAUAGGUGCUAACUGGGGCACACAAGCAACUCACCCUCUAAACCCUAACAUAGUAGUGAGGCUGCUGAGAGAAAAUGGGAUCCAAAAGGUUAAGCUUUUUGAUGCAGAUUAUGACACCCUUAGAGCUCUGGGGAAGUCUGGGAUUGAAGUCAUGGUUGGCAUCCCAAAUGAUAUGCUUGCUCCUCUGGCUGCCAAGAUGAAGAAUGCUGAGGAAUGGGUUUCCAAGAAUGUCUCCAAGCAUAUCACCACUGAUAAUGUCAACAUCAGAUACGUUGCAGUGGGAAACGAACCCUUUCUGCAGACAUACAACGGAACCUUUCUCAGCACCACCUUACCUGCUCUCCAGAACAUCCAAUCAGCACUCAUAAAAGCCGGGCUCAGCAACCAAGUGAAAGUCACCGUCCCUAUGAACGCCGACGUCUACGAGAGCGCAAACAGCCUCCCAUCUGGAGGCGACUUCCGUCAAGACAUCCACGAUUACAUGAUCCCCAUCGUCAAACUAUUGAGUGAAUAUGGCUCGCCGUUCACCGUCAACAUAUACCCUUUCAUAAGCCUCUACAUCGACUCCAACUUCCCCGCCGAGUACGCUUUCUUCGACGGCAAUGCAUCGCCUGUAAACGACGGCGGAACGUACUACUACAACAUGUUGGACGCCAACCUUGACACAUUGGUCCACACCUUACAGAAGAAUGGGUUCGGCAACAUGCCAAUCAUCAUCGGAGAGAUCGGGUGGCCGACUGAUGGCGAUCGGAAUGCAAACGUCGAGUACGCCCGCCGCUUCAACCAGGGCUUCAUGUCACGUAUAGCAGGUGGGAAAGGAACUCCACUGAGGCCUGGGCCAAUUGAUGCAUAUUUAUUCAGCCUGAUCGAUGAAGAUGCCAAGAGUGUCGAUCCGGGGAACUUUGAACGGCACUGGGGGAUAUUUACGUACGAUGGACAGCCUAAGUAUCUCCUCAACCUCGGGACGACAACCGCUGGUCAGCUAAUUCCGGCGAAGGGUAUUCAGUACCAGGAGAACAAAUGGUGUGUGAUGAGACCUAAUGCGAGGCUUGAUGAUCCUAAUGUCGCGGCAAGUGUCAGCUACGCGUGUAGCCUUGCUGACUGCACGAAACUUGGUUAUGGCACUUCAUGCGGGGAGUUGGACGGGAAGGGAAACAUUUCCUAUGCGUUCAACAGUUACUUCCAGAUCCACGAUCAGCAGGACGAGGCUUGCAAGUUUCCCAAUCUGUCGACAAUCGUGAAAACAAACCCUUCACAAGGAACUUGUAAGUUUGAUAUAAUGAUCCAACCAUAUUAUGGAGGUGCUGAUGGAAGGCUACCUAGACAACUGGGUUUAGUUGCUGGCUUUGCUCUGCUUUUGCUGACAUUUCUGUGAAGUUUAGAGGUUCCUGCUUUCUAGAGGUAUCUUUUCUCCUUUACGACUUUUGCUUUCGUAGGAUGUAGCAUAUGGGAAAUCAUGAGUGCCUAGUUCAGAGAAUUUGUGAUCAGAAACAGGCAGGUUUCUAAUUUGGCCACCAUGCAAACAAGGGGUGGGCUUGCAACUCUGCAUGGGAUGAUACUAUUGGAUCUCUGACGCAUUCACAGCCAUUGGAUCGAUGGACUUCCCCGUUUGUGAGGAAAGGAUGUGAUAUUUUGUGAAUAAUGCUUCAUGCAUUGAUCUGACGGCUGUAAAUGUACGGUGUUGGGGCCAUCCAACGAUAUCAGUCUAUGCAAGAUCAACCCCUUGUUUGCAGGGUAACCACACCCUGUCUUGUUUAGCAGUAAACUCAGUAGCUUUCAGUUUCUUAAAUUCAUGCUUGAUACUAGUAACAGUACAUAUGCAGAUAAUGGUUGUACGUAGAAGUCUAACUAGGCUGCGAAAGCUGGACGACUUUGGAGAGCUUCAUCGGAUGCUGGCUUUAGGGGCUAUAUCAUGCGAAAGGGUGAAUUGCACCUUUAACUGCUCCUUUGUGUGGCUUUAUAAGCAAGUUUUGAGCCGAGGAACAUACUUUGGUGCUCUCCAUUUUACGUUGGUCCCUCGUGUUAAUCCUUCUUCAAUGGGAGGAUAAUAGCUUGUCCAUGACUUUGCAGUAGUGUGUGGCUUAAUGACUUGUGAAUUUGUAUGUGGCCAAGAUUAACUGCAUAAAUGAUAAUAACAAAAUCUACCCUGUUUGAUGUUGCAGUUAACAUAAUUUCCUAGUCGACAGUCGUAACGAUGAACACAUAAGACAUUUCCUUCUUUUUCUCAUGGCUAUUUCACAGGUUGUAGAAUCUAUGGUUACUAGAAGGUAGAUGUUGCAAUACAUGGGAGUUCCAAUG